AUUUUUUUUUUCUUUGGUCGUAUGGGUCUUCUCUUCGGACAUUGAACAUUCUCACCGCGUGGACAAUACAAUUACAAUCACACGCAUGUCGUUAAUUCGGUAAGUGAGAUAUCGUGAGCAAUGGUCAACGUUUACCAUAAAGGCGACGACAAACCUUUCUAGAUGAGGAACCGUCAAUUCAUUUUCCCAAACUAUUCAUUCAACUGUAUAUACGUCUCGUCCUUGGCGAGAUUCACUGCACUCGUCUUUCGCCGCCGAGUCCUAUGGCUCCGCCAUCCUCGCUCCUCCUCCCCCUCCCCCUCUUCCUCCAACUCUUCCUCGUCCUCCAAUCUUGUCAGCUCUCCACCUUGGCGCUGCCCAGUCUCGCCAAACGCGCGUCCCUCUCCGUCGAGAACCCCGACGACGUCCUCGUCUCAUCCUCUGGCGCCUUCUCCGCUGGCUUCUUCCCCGUCGGCGACAACGCCUACGGCUUCGCCGUCUGGUUCAGCGACCCCCCCUGCUCCGGCGCCAAAUGCACCCCCGUCUGGAUGGCCAACCGUCAGGACCCCGUCAACGGCCGACGCUCCACCUUCUCCCUCCUCGACUCGGGCAACCUCGUCCUCACCGACGCCGGCGAAGCUGGUGGCGAAGUCUGGUCUUCCGGCACCAGCUCCCCCUCCGCCGCCGAGCUCCGCCUCAACGACACCGGGAACCUUGUCCUCACUGACGACAGCGGCGUCGUCCUGUGGCAGAGCUUCGACUCGCCGACCGACACCCUCCUACCUCAGCAGCCACUCACCAGAAACACGUUCCUGAUCUCCGCUCGGAGCCGGUACAACUGCUCGACCGGGUUCUACAAGCUUUACUUCGACAACGACAAUGUCCUCCGCCUCGUCUUCGACGGCCCGUCGAUCUCGGGUGUGUACUGGCCGUUCCCGUGGGUCCAGAGCUCUCUGUUCGGCCGAUUCCUCUACAACAGCAGCCGCAUCGCUGUGCUCGACCCACUCGGCCACUUCCAGUCCUCCGACCACUACUCGCUCUACACCUCCGACUACGGCGUCGCAGCUAUGCAGAGAAGGAUGACCCUCGACUUCGAUGGCAACUUGCGGGUCUACAGCCGCGAGCCGGGCUCGACCGUUUGGGCCGUGACGGGGGAGGCGAUCAGCGGCAUCCCCUGCUUCAUCCACGGCGUGUGCGGCAACAACAGCCUCUGCAGCUACAACCCCGUCAAGGGCCGGAGCUGCUCCUGCGUGCCUGGGUACGUCCCCAAGGUCCCAGGCGACUGGUCGGCUGGUUGCGUGCCCGAUUUCACAUUCUCCGAUGCAUGCGCCGCCGACGAGAUCAGGUUCGUGAAGCUCCUGUACGUCGAUUUCUAUGGCUACGACUACAACACCAUCUUGAACACCACCCUCGAGAAGUGCUGGCAGACUUGCCUGAACCUGUGCAACUGCCGAGGAUUCCAGUACAGCUGGUCGACCCCCACCCGCACGUUCGAUUGCUUCCCGAAGAUCGAGCUCCUGAAUGGCCACAACCUGCCCAGCUUAAUUGGCGAGUUCUUCAUCAAGGUCCCCAAGAACAAGACCUUCACCGAGGACCAGCUGGUGAAGAGGACUCAGUACAGUUGCUCUCCCACCGCGGAGGUGAAGGUCUUGGACAGGACUUACUCCAAGAAAGGCAAAAACGGAGCGGUAAGCUUCAUGCUCCGGAUCGCCUGCGUGGUUGGAGGGAUCGAGAUCGUGGUGGUGUUCUUGGUGUGGUUCUUCCUGAUUAGGAACCAGCAGGACGUCACUUCGGCGCACCAGAGCUACCACCUCGCCGCAGCUGGGUUCAAGCGGUUCAGCUAUGACGAGCUCAAGAAGGCAACGAGGAAUUUCAGCGAGGAGGUCGGGAGAGGCUCGUGUGGGAUCGUGUACAAGGCCCUAUUGCCAGAUAAUCGGGUAGCGGCAGUGAAGAUGCUCAACAAUGCCACAACUGGAGAGGCCGAUUUUCUGGCCGAGGCCAGCACGAUCGAGAGGGUGAACCACAUGAAUUUGAUAGAAAUGUGGGGUUACUGUGCCGAGGGAAAGCACAGGCUAUUGGUGUACGAGUUUAUGGAACACGGGUCGCUGGCACAGAACUUGUCGUCACCUGAGCUCCAUUGGAAGAGGCGAUUUGACAUCGCGGUAGGUACUGCAAAGGGUCUAGCUUAUCUCCACGAGGAGUGCUUGGAGUGGGUUCUGCAUUGCGACGUGAAGCCUCAGAACAUACUCUUAGACUCCGAUUACCAACCCAAAGUCGCGGAUUUUGGGCUUUCCAAGUUAAUGGACCGGGGAAAGGUGACGAAUUCCGAUUUCUCGAGAAUCAGAGGAACCCGAGGUUACAUGGCUCCUGAAUGGGUCUCAAAUCUGUCCAUCACAUCCAAGUCGGACGUCUAUAGCUAUGGGAUUGUGAUGUUAGAGAUGGUGACGGGGAUUAGCCCGAUGACGAGCGUCCACUCAUUGGAGAGCGGAGGGGACGCCAAGCAAAUCCGGCUCAUCCCGUGGGCAAGGGCUAAGAUGAUGGAACCGGUGAGGAUGGGGUCCCGUCUGGAAGAGAUGGUGGAUCCGGCGCUCAAACGCGAUUACGACCUGAGGAAAAUGGAGAUCCUGAUCGAGGUCGCGCUCAAGUGCGUGGAGGAGGAUAAAGACGCCAGACCCACCAUGAGCCAAGUGGUGGAAAUGCUCCUGAGGCAUGAGAAUAAUGGUUGAUUGCGGUGCAGAGUGAUGUGGUGUGGAUUCCGGUGCUGUUACUACUGAGUACGGUAUCUGGCCCAAGUAAAAGAAAAAAAUUAAGAGCUGCAAACAUAAGAUAGUACAAAAUUAAAAUCAUAUGAGCAGAGAUUUAAAUGUUAAUUGAGAAGUUCGGCUUAAAAUGAUGAAAGUUAAAAGAAAAAAAAUUGUUAGAUUGUAAUUGAUAUUUUUAUUUUAGCGUUUACACAACUUUACAAGUAAACGAAUUUUUGUCAAUGGAGCAAAGGGUAGUUUUGUGAAUGAGUUAUUGAAUUCGGUUUCGGAUAACAUUAUCUAUUAAGUAAAAUUUAAAAAUCAUCUAAAAAUAAAAAUAGAGCUUCGCAAAGAAUCAUAUUUUACUCUAUUCCUGGUUGGAGGGUCGGCAAUGUAUCCAUUUAUACUCUUAUCUGGUUGGGGGAAGCUUUACCGAUCAAAUAUGAGGGAAAACACACCUCUUUAGUAAAUAAGGAUACGAAACUAUUUUGUAAA